ACAGCAUCAACACCCUCCACCACACCGUCCACCACACCCUCCACCACACCGUCCACACACUCCACCACACCGUCCACACUCUCCACCACACCGUCCACACCCUCCACCACACCCGUCAACACCCUCCACCACACCGUCCACCACACCCUCCACCACACCGUCCACACCCUCCACCACACCGUCCACACUCUCCACCACACCGUCCACACCCUCCACCAAACCGUCCAAACCCUCCACCACAGCGUCAACACCCUCCACCACACCGUCAACACCCUCCACCACACCGUCCACACCCUACACCACAGCGUCAACACCCUCCACCACAGCGUCAAAACCCUCCACCACACCGUCCACACCCUCCACCACACCGUUCACACCCUCCACCACACCGUCCACACCCUCCACCACACCGUUCACACCCUCCACCACACCGUCCACACCCUCCACCACAGCGUCAACACCCUCCACCACACCGUCAACACACUCCACCACACCGUCCACACCCUCCACCACACCGUCCACACCCUCCACCACAGCGUCAACACCCUCCACCACACCGUCAACACCCUCCACCACACCGUCCACACUCCCCACCACACCGUCCACACCAUCCACCACACCGUCCACACCCUCCACCACAGCGUCAACACCCUCCACCACACCGUCCACACCCUCCACCACACCGUACACACCUUCCACCACAGCGUCAACACCCUCCACCACACCGUCAACACCCUCCACCACACCGUCCACACUCUCCACCACACCGUCCACACCCUCCACCACACCGUCCACACCCUCCACCACAGCGUCAACACCCUCCACCACACCGUCAACACUCUCCACCACACCGUCCACACCCUCCACCACAGCGUCAACACCCUCCACCACACCGUCCACACCCUCCACCACACCGUACACACCCUCCACCACAGCGUCAACACCCUCCACCACACCGUCAGCACCCUCCACCACACCGUCCACACUCUACACCACAGCGUCAACACCCUCCACCACACCGUCCACACCCUCCACCACACCGUCCACACCCUCCACCACACCGUCAACACCCUCCACCACACCGUCCACACCCUACACCACAGCGUCAACACCCUCCACCACAGCGUCAACACCCUCCACCACACCGUCCACCACACCCUCCACCACACCGUCCACACCCUCCACCACACCGUCCACACUCUCCACCACACCGUCCACACCCUCCACCACACCGUACACACCCUCCACCACAGCGUCAACACCCUCCACCACACCGUCAACACCCUCCACCACACUGUCCACACUCUACACCACAGCGUCAACACCCUCCACCACACCGUCCACACCCUCCACCACACCGUCGCACCCUCCACCACACCGUUCACACCCUCCACCACACCGUCCACACCCUCCACCACACCGUCCACACCCUACACCACACCGUCCACCCUCUCCACCACACUGUCCACACCCUCCACCACACCGUCCACACCCUCCACCACACCGUCCACACUCUCCACCACACCGUCCACACCCUCCACCACACCGUCCACACCCUCCACCACAGCGUCAACACCAUCCACCACAGCGUCAACACCCUCCACCACACCGUCCACACCAUCCACCACACCGUCCACCACACCGUCCACACCCUCCACCACACCGUCCACACCCUCCACCACAGCGUCAACACCCUACAACACAGCGUCAACACGCUCCACAACAGCGUCAAAACCCUCCACCACACCGUCCACACCCUCCACCAAACCGUUCACACCCUCCACCACAGCGUCAACACCCUCCACCACAGCGUCAACACCCUCCACCACACCGUCCACACCCUCCACCACACCGUCCACACCCUCCACCACACCGUCCACACCCUCCACCACACCGUCCACACCGUCCACCACACCGUCCACACUUUCCACCACACCGGCUUCCGAACCAUCCGAGCGCCCUGGCCGGCAAGCUCUUUUCAACACCUAA